GAUUGCUUUGUUUAGAUGACAAUGUACUUCCUGGAGUUCCUGGUAUGUUUGGUCCUGGGGAUCCUACACUCCCAGGGGAGCAGAGGGACAGUAUCAGCUGUGAAUCCUGAAGUAAACAUGACUGUGAUUCAAAUGAUAAGAUACUGGGGAUACGCUGGUGAGGAACAUUUCGUGGAGACAGAGGAUGGGUAUAUUCUGGGUGUUCACCGAAUCCCUCAUGGGAAAAAGAACCACUCUGAGCAAGUUCCCAAACCAGUUGUGUAUCUUCAGCAUGGUCUGCUAGGUGAUUCCAGUAACUGGGUCUCAAACUUGGACAACAGCAGCCUGGCCUUCAUCCUUGCUGAUGCUGGUUUUGAUGUGUGGAUGGGAAACAGUCGAGGAAACACGUGGUCUCGGAAACACAAGAUUCUCUCAGUUACUCAGGAUGAAUUCUGGGCUUUCAGUUUUGAUGAGAUGGCAAAAUAUGAUCUCCCAGCUUCCAUUGACUACAUUCUGAAUAAAACUGGCCAAGAGCAGUUGUAUUAUGUGGGUUAUUCCCAAGGUAGCACCAUCGGUUUUAUAGGAUUUUCACAGUUUCCUGAGCUGGCCCAAAAAAUCAAAAUAUUCUUUGCCUUGGGUCCUGUGAUUUCACUGGAUUUCAGUUUCAGCCCUCCAGUCAAGUUCUCAGACGUCCCAGAUGUUGUCUUUGAGGACAUAUGUGGGCACAAUGAAUUCCUUCCGCAAAGUAGAGUCUCAAAAUGGUUCAGCACCCACUUUUGCUCCCAUGUUAUUCUGAAGGAGCUUUGUGGAAAUUUCCUUUACCUCUUGUUUGGAUUUGAUGAGAGGAAUUUAAAUAUGUCGAGAGUAGAUGUGUAUGUGGCACACAUUCCUGCUGGAACUUCUGUGCAAAACAUGUUACACUGGAAGCAGCUUGCAAAAUUUCAUAGGUUUCAAGCCUUUGACUGGGGAAGCAGUGCCAAAAACUACCUACACUACCACCAGAGUUACCCUCCCAUGUACAACGUGAAAGACAUGCUGGUGCCCACUGCCUUGUGGAAUGGGGGUCAAGACUGGCUGGCAGAUGCCAGUGAUGUCCAUAUCUUACUGACUCAGAUCACCAACUUGGUUUACCACAAAGAAAUUCCUGCUUAUAAUCAUAUCGACUUUAUCUGGGGCUUGAAUGCCCCCUGGAGGUUGUAUGAUGAAAUUAUCACUCUGAUGAAGAAAUACCAGUGAGAGUCAGAGAUACACAAAAGAGUGUUUGCUUAAUUGCUGUAAAAUGAUUGUUCACUUUUCCCAGGUCAUUUGUAUUUUUAUAUUCAUGAUAACAUGGUUUUAAAGAUGAAUGACCUUCAUUAGAUAAAAUUAGAAGCACA